AUGGGCGCUUUUCUCGAUACCACUGAGGAUGAGUUUGACAAAAUACUUCAGGUCAACAUCAAAGCCUCGUUUCUAUUGACCCGCGAGGCCUAUCCGCUCAUGCGAUCGGGCGGUUCGUUUACAUACGUCUCAUCUAUCGGCGCCUAUCAGCCAUUCUGUCUGAUCGGUGCCUAUUCGGUGUCGAAGACGGCACUGCUAGGUCUGGCCAAAGCCGUUGCCCAGCAAUCGGCCGAUCGCCAGAUACGGGCCAACUGUGUCUGUCCGGGUAUAAUACGGACCCGAUUUUCUCAGCCUUUCUGGCAGAGCGAUGAGGCUAUGGCUGAAAUCUGUCGACUCGUACCGGCCCAGAGGUAA